CCAAGUGCCACUAUCCGGAUCUCCUCCGCUCACACCGGACCCGUGCGCCUUUACCCGUCUCCGAAACGCUCCAUGGCUGGAUAAAGCGACACCACGUAACUUUUUCCACCUCCCAAAGCGGAUUUUAACACUUUUCCCACACGAGGACACGACGCAAAAGAAGGAUCAACGCCAUGAAAUACAAAUUAUUUUCAUGUUGAAGCAAAAGAGGAAAUCCUUUGGUAUUUCUCAGAAGCCCGACCUCCUCCUCCACACACAGCCCCUUCUUCUGCUUCUUCUGCUGCUCAGCUCAACUCAGAGCAGGGCACAGAACUUGAUGGCGAAGGCGCUGUACGACAACGUGCCCGAAUCGCCGGAAGAGCUGGCGUUCCGGAAGGGUGACAUCCUCACGGUUAUUGAGCAAAACACUGGAGGGCUGGAGGGCUGGUGGCUCUGCUCUCUGCACGGGCGCCAGGGAAUCGCGCCAGGGAACAGGCUGAAGCUGCUGAUCGGGCCCAUGUUCGAGGCCCCGUCCCUCCUGCAGUCGUCUCCGCAGCCCCCCCUGCUCCAGAGCUCCACGGGGGGGCCCUCUCCGCUCGCUCACGCCCAGGCUCAGGUGCAGGGGAGCGGUGCUGCGGCGCUGUACCAGGCCCCCCAGCAGAGCGUGUACCAGGUGCCCCCCCGCAGUGCACUGUCUGCGGAGAACACCCCCAGCAAGGUGGUGACUCCCUCUCGCGUGGGACAGUCCUACAGCUACAGCCCGGGUCAGAACCACACCAGCCAGGACCUGUACGACGUCCCGCCCUCCAGAGCCCAGGGGGUGUAUGACGUUCCUCCGGGCCAUGUGCUGAGCCCCCCGUACCCAGCCCUGAGCCGCUCUCCCGGGCAGAGCGUGUACGACGUGCCCCCCUGUCAGCUGGAGCCGCGGGGGGGACAGGGGGUCUAUGACGUCCCCCCUCCUGCUCAGGGGGUGUACUCUGUCCCUCCCUGCAGGACCACCCCAAACCACCAGGAGUCAAACUACGACUUCCCGCAGCCCGUGAAGUCCGUGAAAGCUGAGGGCAUUUACGACAUCCCGCCUCCUGCUUUGACCAAACCCACGCAGAUCUCCUCUCAGUCUGUUUACGACUACCCCCCUCCGUCGUCUAACCCAGAACCGUCCUCUUCAACGAACAAUUUCCACAACAACAACGAGGGGAUCUACGACGUCCCUCCCCCCGCUUUGGCCAGCUCCGGAUCGGACAUUUACGAUAUCCCGCGCGGCAGUAGUGUCCCCAGUCGCCCGUCUCCGAACGACAGCAAAGGGAUCUACGACGUCCCAGCGCCAGAUUCGAGAGUUUCCGACGUUACCGAUGGCGUGAACCGACUUUCGUUUUCGAGCACGGGCAGCACGCGUAGCAGCAUGUCCACGUCAUCUUCGUCCACCGGGUCUGCCGCCGAGGGGAGGCUCAUACUGGACCUGGACAGCGCUUUGCAGAGGUUGUACCGCUUGCAGCAAAACGUAGAAGUUGCAGUUGGAAAUUUGCACACACUGACGGCAUCUCCUCACUGGCGGACUUUCGCGUUCAUGGAGAGACACGCCAACGACGUGCGUACGAUUCUGGAUAGGGUGAGGGCAGCUGUGGCGGAUUUUGUCGUGUUCGGAAGAGGCGCGGUGGCUAAUGCUACGGCGCUGUCUGACUGUAGCCUGCACAGUAAGCUCAGGAGGCAGCUGGCGAGACUUGAAGACUCACAGCAGAUCGUGAUCCAGAUUUAUCAGGUGUUGGAUAACAGCGGAUGGGCCAUUAACGCGCUGGCCACUUCCAACUCAGUACGGCAUAACAAGACGGACGACCUGGAUCGGUUCGUGAUGGUCUCCAGGACGGUGCCGGACGACGCGAAGCAGCUGGCGUCGACGAUCAGCGCCAACGGCGAGCUGCUGUUCCGGAGGUCGCACGCGGAGGGGAGCCCGGACGAGGCGCACCCCGCUCUGAGCUCACCCCCGUCGGACAACGAGAGCUACGGAAAGCCCUUCCCCACCACAAACCUCCAGGACAAAGACAACAUGAACCACAGCGAGCAGUGCGUGAAGAGCUGGAUGGAAGACUACGACUACGUCCACCUACAGGGCAAAGAAGACUUUGAGCGUCAGCAGAAAGCUCUGCUGGACAAAGAAAACAUCAUCAAACAGAGCCAGGUGCAGCUGGGGCAGGAGCAGAUAAACCAGUUCAAGCGUCUGGAGCAGGAGGUGAGCAAACCAGUGGAGAACGACAUCUCACAGUGGAUCUCACAGCAACGUUUUGGACUGACCCCAAAUUUAACGCCCAAAAAACCGGACCCGAGCGCCCCCACAACCGGCCCCGCCAACCCCAGCACCCCGACCGCCAGCCCCUCUCCCCAGAUCUGCUCCAGGGACAAACAGCUCCUGGUCUUCUACUCGGACCAGUGCGGACAACACUUCCUCACCCUCCUCAGCGCCAUGGACGCGUUCUUCUCCUGCGUCAGCUCCGGGCAGCCUCCGCGCAUCUUCGUCGCUCACAGUAAAUUCGUCAUUCUUAGCGCGCACAAGCUGGUUUUCAUCGGCGAUACUCUCUCUCGCCAAGUGUCCACGCCCGAACUGGCCAAUCGCGUGAUGAAUGCCAGUAACGUGCUCUGCGAUUUGCUGAAGACGGUGGUGGGGGCGACCAAGAUGGCGGCGCUGAAUUACCCGAACACGGCGGCGAUUCAGGAGAUGGUGGACAGAGUGACGGAGCUGUCUCAACAUUCACAACAGUUUAAAGAGCAGCUGCUGCACAUGUCCAUGUCCUGAUCUGUGUCAUGUGGUUUUCUUGUUAAAGAUGCAAUGUGUAACUUUUCUGGUUGAGGGUCCUUCAUGUUCUUGUCUCUUUGGAGAUGAUUGUUUUGCCUCGAGUGUUCCACAGUAGGGCAUAAGGUUGUCAAAAGAAUCGAAAAUCAGGUACAGAUACAAAAACUAGUAUUGAAACUAGAUACACAUUCGCAGGUAUCGAACAAAGUCCCAUCGACAGGACAGAAGUGAACCUUUCCUGAAUGAUCUUGAGUUGUAUCAGAACAAAUAUUAUGGUGUGUUCAAUUGUCCAUCCAUCUCCCACUUAGAUCACGGAUAUGUCGUCAUGUCCACACUUCAAGCAUUUUAUUAUGUUUCACGCAUAGAGCAUAUAUAUGAAUAGACCCAGCAAACGUACUAGCUGCCCUGUUUUUCAUGUGUCUGACUUGAAAAAAGGCAGACGCCAAGGUGAAAGCUGUUAUUGUUGUUGUUUAUCUUCUGUUAGCAACUCUCAGGAUGUUUAGAAACACCCGUUUAGAACAAGUCUGUAUUCAAUAUUGGCCUCACCACAACACCGACUACCAUACCCACAGGCAGUAAUACAGAUGCAGUAAGGUACUGCAGUAAUACGAAACACUGAAAUAGUCAUUUAAGCCACCGAAGUGUCCAAACACAAUGAAAACAGUUCAUACUUACAGGUGACACUGGGCGCACCCAUCUUUAAUUCUAUCUUGGAAUCUUUCCUCGUUCUCCUCCGAGUUCUUCCAAGAUGUGCAGUCUGAGGAAAAGGGGCGUGUGCAGUCUGAGGAAAAGGGGCGUGUGCAGUCUGAGGAAAAGGGGCGUGUGCAGUCUGAGGAAAAGGGUGUGCUUAUCACUAGGCAACGUCCUCCGAGUUAGAUGGAUAAAUGAACGCACCAUAAGAGCACAUAGACUAGUGUACAUCCAUGGACCACUAUGGAAACUACCUGGACCACUGAGGAAUUACACACAUGUACGACCUUAUAUAUGCAGUAGAAGUACUACUAUUUAAUAUUGAAAAUCACAUUCUAAAGGAGGAGUGUUUUGAUUAUCAUCAUGGUAUUGGAAUUGGUAUUGAGUACUGAGUCUAUUCCUUAGAAUCUAAAUUAAGUUUCAAAUUUUAGUAUCAUGACAACACCAGUAGUAGUUAUUGAUUACAAACUGAUGUUAAAAAUACCUUAAAAAUGUGUUCAUGCUGUGAGCAAGUUCACCUCUCCACAGAUGUGACCUGUACUUUGGCCUGGAGCUGUCACCUGUUGUCUGUAGUUUUGUUGCUAAAGAAAAUGUUAUUCUGUCAACUAUACAAAGGUUUUGGAGUGGUUUAAUGCCGUACAGUGGAACAUUCCAGGCAAAGCAAUAACAUCUCCAUUAGAUAACCAAAAAAGUUGCGUAGUCCGUCUUUUAAGUUAAGUACUUGGCAGAUUAAGCCUAACAUUAUGAGCACAUUGUGUUGUGUUUGGACACUGGGUCAUAAUGUUACGCCUGAUCAACACUCACAGAGUUUCUAUGGAGAACUGGAAUCAGUACAACUCACAGUUACUGCUGGAACAUGUCAAACUGUUGAUACUUUGCAGUGACAUCACGCUGGGGGUGUUCUACAUGUAUUUCUAUGGCAGAAUGUUCAGAGGUUUUUUUAACACUGAAAAAACCCCAAAAUGGAUUUAAAGAGCAAAUUUAUUGGUGUCUGAUCAGUCUGAGUGUUUAUGGUUCUGUUUAGGAGUUUUUUUUAUUUGAGAGGGACAUGUUUUGCUGAAGACGGUGGUGGGGGCGACCAAGAUGCCGUUUUAGCUCAGUCAGUUCUUUCGCGUCAGAUUGUGGUAAAACAAACCUCAGAUUAAAGUCUAACUUGAGUCACAGAGUUUCAGAGCAUGCCUACAGUUAGCAUCACACCCCAGCGAAUGUUUCAGCUCUCAAGUAUCAAUAGUCAUUACAUUCCUACAAUUUUGUAAAUAUAUAUUUUUAAAUGACUGCAAAAACCAUGCUACCAUAUUUUUCAGACUAUAAGGUGCACUUAAAAUCCUUCAGUUUUCUCAAAGUCGACAGUGCUCCUUAUGUAUUCAAUCUGGUUUCUGGUGCUUACUGACAUUGAACUCAUGUUAUGUGGUACACGACACUCUAAAUUCAAAAUGUUUUAGUACAACUUUGGUAAACUACAGAGCCACAACGCUUGAUGGAUUGUCAAAGCAUUACGGCGACUGUAAGCGAGCUGUUUUUUCAGAGCUUAUAGUUUAUGCAAAUGAGCCAUGUAGUGUUAAGUUUCGUAUUUGUAAAGCGUAAACAAAUGUGCACAAAUCUCCAUUAAACACGUUAUUACUAGUGAUGGACGAAUGGAGCCUCGUGAAGCAUUGACUCCUCAGUCGCAAUAUUGUCUCAAAUGGUUGGACGUGUCUGAGGCCUCGGAGAAACACUGACCUCUAGUGGACAAAUUUAACCAUUGGCACGCAGGUGUCUCAGCAUCGAUGAAGUAUUGUUAGUGUAAGACAAUACUUGUGUGAUGAUUUAAAAUAAUAUGUAAAGAGCAACAUAAAUAGCAGCUGUAAAUAAGAAAAUAGUUGUUACCUUGUUAGGAGGAAUUAGAUCAAAGUGAUCUCAAACCAUGGGUCGCUUUUUCCACUUGUAGAUGCCAUCGAAAAUGAAACAAAUGCCAAAAGUCGCCAAAACCACCACUAACGUCACCACACUACUCCUCACUACCCAACAUUUGUAAGAAAUAUUGGUGCAUCUUUUAUAAUGUAGCAGUUUUUGCACUUUUCAAACCCUGGAAGUGCGCUGAACACUCUGAAGCACUCUGAACCAAUCAUAGAGCGGAACAUUCUCUGAGCCAAUGAAGCGCUUCGAUACACUGAAGCGACUGACACGCAGAGUGAAGCAGUAGGGGGAGGGACCGACACGUCCACACUUUGGUCACGUGAGCGGCUGCUGUGAGACGAGCUCCGAGGCAGAGCUUCAGAACGAUUUGUUUCAGAAAGAACGAGACGUGCUCCAGAGCUCCGACUUAUUUGCCCAUCACUAGUUAUUAAUGUAUAUUUGAGUCGUCCUCGUUGGAAAUAAAAAAAAAUAAAAAAAAAUUAAAUGAUCCACCCACGUUUACAUUCAUAAUCCACAUUUACCAAGACAGGGAGGAAACCCCGGGCGAAUUACGCCACGAUCUGCCAAUGGAUUGUGGACGCCUGGGCUAAGGAUCAGUCUCAAAUGUCGUCCGUUUGUUUCACAUAAUGCUCCUUAUAAUUCGAUGCAACUUAAGUAUGAAAAUAGAUGAGAGAAUUCAACAUUAUUGAUAUUGCACCUUAUAGUCUGAAAAUUACAGUACAUUCUUAUUCACCUGCUCCAUGCUUUUGUAAGAACAGCAGUCUUCCCGAAUCAUAUUUUAAAGAUUAUAUUUUUAGAUUUGACUUAAAUGAAUAAUGUAAUGUCAGUGUCAUUUUUUACUUUUGUUUUUAUGGUUCUAAUAUUUAAAUUAUUAAUAUUUUAGCAUUGAAGCGUUUACCUCUAUGAAAUUUUAACCAGUAAAUUCAAGUGAAAAUUAUUAUUAUUUUUCCAAUGAACUAAACACAUUUUCAGUUCUAAACACGUGUGAGAUUUCCGACUCCAUAGGAACUCUGUGUGAACUGUAUUAACCUGAUAUAAACCCGUGCUCGUUCACUUCUCUGUGUUUUGUCUGUAAUAUUUGCUGCCUUUUUGAGUACUCCUUAUUACAUAUUUUAUAUAUUUUGCCUGAUUUUAGCCGGUUUUAGUGGCUGUACAUAUGUUUGGUGUAAAUAUUGGCUGUUUUGUUUGGGCGGUUUUGUAGUGUUGUAGAUGUGUUUCGUACAUUCCCGUUGGAGCACCUUCGUACGUGUGGGUUCGUUCUGUUAAAGUGGCUGCUUGUGCCUCUGCUGCCUCUGUCUGUAUAAAUCGUCUUUAUGUUGAUCUCAUGCUCAACAAUUCUACAACAGUAAAGAUUUCUCAUUACAAA